GCCCGUGGUGUGGAGAUUCGUGGCGUGGCGGAGUACUGCUGUGAACAAAUGGUGCUCCGGGUUCUCCUCGGCGCUCUGGCAAUCUCCUGCGUGUUUGCCGUGCAGGAAGACUCUGGAAACGAAGUUGCUGCGGCGGGAGGUGCGGGUGAUGCCGAUGCCGUCCCUCCGGAGCGGGAAGGCGCCAGGAGGCUCAUGACUCUCCAAGAAUCGCUCGGGCUCUCCGACGCCGAGGAACAGAUGAUCGGGAAGCCGUGGAACUACCAGCAAAAGUUCGACCCCAACCAUUUUUUCCGGUCUUCGCAGUGGGCCCCUACCUUGUACGCCCUUCCCGAAGGAGUGUGCGAUCUGAAUGAUAGCCACAAGCAGCUGAUCGCCCAAGUUGACGUGUGGGGAGGCGCUGCCAAAACCGCGCCGAGAAUAUUCUGCGGCGUCUACACGUACCACGCAAACCAUGACACCAAAAUCAAGGCAAUCAAGGAGACGUGGGCAUCACGCUGCGACGGUUUCGUGGCUUUCAGCGACCAAGUCGACCUCGCCGUCCCCUCGUUCAAGAUCAAGCACGAGGGGCCGGAGGAAUGGGACAACAUGUGGCAGAAGAGUCGCGCCAUCUGGAAGUACAUCGACAGGCACUACAUUAACGACUUUGAUUGGUUCGUUCUUGGCGGCGACGACAUCUUCCUCAUCGUCGAGAACCUGAGAAAGUACCUCCUCUCGGACGACAUCAAGAAGGCCGCGGGCGGUUUCAAGGACGGUGGAAGCGUGCCCAUGUACCUGGGAAGGCGUUUUCGGCCGAAGGGGAACAACGACCGGAUUUUCAACUCCGGGGGGGCGGCCUACCUGCUGAACCAGAAGUCCGUGCGGCUCCUGGCGAGCCACCUGGACGACCCCUCUUGUCACCCGCACCAGCAAUGCUCUUGGGAGGACGUGAAUGUUGCUGCCUGCUUGCGACAGCACGGCGUGGUGGCCCACGACACUCGGGAUGGACUCGGACGUGAGCGUUUCCACCCCUUCACGCCCGGGCAGCACUUGAUGUACCGCGUCCCGAAGACUAACCCAGAGAAAGACUGGUACGUGGACUACUCGAUCGACCUCAAGAUUGGCCGCGAGUGCUGCUCGCGCUACUCUCUCAGCUUCCACUACGUCGACGAGAAUCUCAUGCGACGGCUCUACCACCUCGUCUACUCUUGCCCCAAGGCCCCCGUAGAUUUGCCGCAUGUGGACAUGGCGGCCGGAAAGGCAUGA